UGUAUCAGCUGUUGUCUCUUCUGCUUCUUCCUGCAAAUGAAAUAAAUUGUUUUUAUUUGCCAUGAACGACCCAAACAAAGCCAUCAGUGUGAAUUUGUCUUCUCUGCUCAGCCUGAAGGCAGAACUGCUAAGGAAGCAGCAUGAAGUAAGAUUGGCCAAGGCUACCAAGGCAUCCGCCACCGAGUUCCGUCCCAGCAAGAGUAGCGCCGACAAGGAAAAGUCUACAGAUCGCGGCUACAAGAAGGUUGCGAGCAACGAUGACGGCGCCAAGGUGUACGAGGCGGAGGACUAUGCUCAGUUGGACAAGUCCCGGCGUGUCCUGGAGGCCAAGAGCAAGUUCUACGACCGGAUGACCCGCAGCGGCGGCAACCUCAACUCCGAUGACAACUGCCUGGUGAUGUUUAACCGCAAGAAACAGGAGGCGGACCAGGAGCAGCUGCCACAGAGGUGUGAACCCCGCCAGAGGCUGAGCAGCAGUAGCAGUUCCAGUGAAGAAGACGAUGGCCAGGAAGAUGACGAGGUGGAGUACGUUGAUUGCUUGGGUCGCACAAGGAAGUGUUUGAGAAAGGAACUAAAGGAGGCCCAGCGACGCGACAGGCAGCUUGCUGACAGCAUGCCGGAGCGUUUAGAUCAGACCAAGGCCAACUGGAUGAUAGACACAAAAGGUAGCCGCGAGCAUGACAGUACCCACAACAGCGAUAACGACGAUGAUGGUGAGCCCAUUAUUGGACCACGGCCCACGGAAAGCGUAUUCAGCGAUGCCCUGUCCACGAUGACCAAGCACGACGAGCAACGCUUAAACUGGGAGCGCAAAGAACAAGAGAACGUGGACAAACCCGAUGUCCACUAUCAGGAUGUCUUCUUCGAUGAGGCCCGCACCCACGGCGUUGGAUACUAUGCCUUCUCCACGGACGAAGACGAGCGCAGGAAACAACAGCUGGAGCUAGAAGAAGUCCGCAAGGCCACGACCGCGGAGCAAAGCCGGCGGGACGAGAUGCGCGCCAAACGGGACAGCCUCGUGGCCGAUCGCGUGCUGGCGGCCAAAAACAGGAUAAGGGCACGCAACGGCUUGCCACCCAUCAGCAAGGAGGACUACGAGCGACAGCAACAGCAAAAGAAUGAAGAAUCAAUGGCCGAAACCGCAGAACGUGAGCGAGAGGAGCAGGAAAAGAAGGCAGCUAUUGAAAAAAGAAAGGCAAAGGAGGAAGCAGAAUUGGAGGAGUUACGCAAGGAUCACGUACGGGAUUGGGACAGGGAUAAGCCUGGUGUGUCCAAACGACUUGACUCAGAUGGCGAAGAAACUAUGGAGGAAGAGUGGAAGUACAAGGCCGAGCGGCUGCCCAUGUCGCAGGAGGAGUGGAACGCGAAGCAGCGGAGUCAGCGGCAAUCAGAGUUUGCUCCCAUGCCCGAGUCGGUUUCCCUCAAGCGCAGCAACUUCAGCAGUAUGCCACCACCGCCGUCUUCGCAUUGGCACAGUGGUCAGGAGCCGGAGUUUCACAACUUUCACAGCACUAAGCAGGAGAAAAAGUUCCAGCGGCGCAACUAUACCGCUUGCAACCAAGACGAUCACGAUCAAGUAUUUAGCACAUCCGCCAGUGCUUCGGGUGCAGCUAUACCUCCACCUCCAGGCUUAGAUGACUCUGCUCCAGCGAAACGGCCCAAGUCCCAGGCCGAUCUAGAACGCUCUAUAGAAGCCGGCCUGCGGUUCCUGCGCAACAACUGCGACAAGGGCGUCCUGGGUAACAAGGCCACCUGGACGGCCAAAGCGGAUUACUAA